UGUCUUUACAAGAUGGCGGUGAAAAUUACACAGUGUUUAAAUAUCAGCUAUAUUGCCAUGUAUUCUUUAUUCCUCACCUUUUUUGCAUGGAUUUAAUUAAGAAUACGUAAAAAAGAUUGAGGACAUUGGCAAAAAAAUUUUUAACAGCAAUUUUGGCACCUGUCGACGUGGGCAACCUGAAUCAACACUUGCAUUUUUCUUGUGACAAAAGAGCAGUCCACAAAAGCAGUUUUAAUAAUUGAAACGGCGAUAUAAUCUUCGAUUCUCUUUGAUAAAGAAGAUGCACAAAGCUGUACUGACUUUGGGAUUAUUAAUUAACAUAUGUUCCUCGAUCUGUAUCGUUUUCCUAAACAAAUGGCUCUACGUUCAUCAUGGUUUUCCAAACAUGACUCUAACGUGUAUUCACUUCGUCACAACGUUCAUCGGUCUUCGUCUGUGUGUGAUGUUGGACGUCUUUAAACCCAAGAGACUAUCUGUGGUGAAAGUGGUGCCGUUAUCCUUAGCAUUUUGCGGUUUUGUUGUAUUUACUAACCUUAGUCUUCAAAACAACACAGUUGGGACAUACCAACUAGCCAAAGCUCUAACUACCCCUACUAUUGUGGCCAUUCACACUGUGUUUUACAACAAAAGCUACUCAACGCAAAUCAAGUUAACUGUGGUUAGUAGUGUUGACAUUAACUUCCCGCUUUGACUUGCAGUUAUGCUAAAAAGUAAACUGCAGAGAUUUAGUUUGAUAAUCAUUAAUAUUACAAGAAUACAUUGACAAAAAAAAUAUGCAAUAGACUCUUCAGUCAGGAAGAAAGUUGCUGCGCUGUAGUGAUGAAAGGGCAUGAUGUUCUUUGUUGACACUUGCCUAGAUCCCAUAGCCUUAACCCCAGUCUCCAUCAUCGCCGUUAUUAGGUUUGCCACACAUUUCCCCUCCUAUUAAUCCGGAUGGAUUGCAUGAUCAAUGAUACUAAUAAUAGCUGCGAAGGAGAAUACAUCCCUCCUUUAACGGUCAUGUUUUAUGGUGACAUAACCAAGACAAAGAGACCCACUUCCCUCAGACAAAAUAAAAGAAAUUUUGGCUUGUAGACUAUUAUAAUAGUGACAAAGAACAUUAAUGUAAGUUGUAUGUAACAAUUCAUGUCAUGAACAAUUCAAUAUUAGGAGCAGUGCCGGAUACAGACCUUGAAAUAAAGGGGGGGGGGGGGGGAGGUCCGGUCUCCAAAAAAUUCUUUUUGGCCUUUUAGGCCCCAGUUUGGUCUAAAAAUAAGGGGGCUCCCAGGCCCCUCCCCUGGAUCUGCCAGUGAGGAGAUAAGUGCACUUUUUAACCUAUCUUGCAUGUAUUUUACAGAUUCCAAUUAUAGUUGGUGUAUUUUUGAAUUCUUAUUACGAUGUUAAAUUCAACUGGGUUGGAACUGUCUAUGCAAGUCUGGGUGUCAUUGUAACCUCUGUCUAUCAAGUGGUAAGUAUUUUGUAAUGAUCUAUGACAGAAUACAUCUGUAUCAAGUAUUAACAACUUUAUGUUGCAUCAGUUUUGCAGCAAUUUGUAGUAGUCUCUUAGUUCUGGGUUGCUGACUUGUAAUAAUUAAUUUUCUAGUGGGUCGGAACAAAACAGAAAGAAUUCCAAGUCAAUUCUAUGCAGCUUCUCUAUUACCAGGUAUAAUAAUAUUAUUAUUGGCAUUACAAUAUUUUGUAUAUAUUAAGAAGUAAUUUAUAUAUAUUAUUGUUGUAGUACUGAGAGUCUGUUGAUUGUGAAUGCCAAGGUCGUGGUAAUUCUUUAAAGAGUUUAUGGUGAAUAAAAACCAAAAAAUAAAAAAAAUAAAAAAUAAAACAAUAGCAACAACAAAAAAACGAGUAUUAUGCAAACAAGAAACCAACACACAUUUCAAGCCAGAAAACCUAGCAGAGAAUCGUAUGCCUUGACAGAGGUACUAGUGGACUUUCCCUGUAUAGACCUUGUAAUAAUACAAAGGACUUCCCAGCGGAGUAUCAGCAGAUCAGGGUGAGGAUUCCUGAGAACUCAAUACAGUUGGAAAAUGUUGAAUUAUUAAAGAACAUAUGAAAACCAUGACCUUCAUUCCUAAACCAUUGCCUGUCUAUGUGCAAGAGGAAAAUUUUGAUGUAUAUCUACAUUAUCUGUAUUUGUCUUGAUGUAUAUCUACAUUAUCUGUAUUUGUCUUGACGUUCUUUCAGGCUCCUUUAUCAGCAGGCAUGCUAGCAAUAGCUGUUCUCAUCUUUGAACCUGUCACAGCAGAAAAUGGACUGCUGUCAUCUUGGUCCAUGUCUUCUGUGGUGAGUAAAACCAUUAUCGUACCAUUACGUAUGCCUCAUGAAAAAUAUACUGCAAAGAGAGUUAUAUGUAAUUUAUUUUCUGAUUUUACUUGGUUAAAGAGUUCUGACUAGCUAUGGCUCAUGUGUUAGGUAAACAGGGUGGUGUGGCCUUCCAUUACAUUUCACUGGUGACCAACCUAAAAAAUGCAUUCAUCCAAAAACAUUGCAAAAAGAACUAGAUGCAGAUGCCUAAACCUCAUUUUCAGCAUAUGUCUUCUGGACCUGCCAUCUUACUACUACUAUCUAAAGAAGACAAUGAUGACAGCAGAGGACUGCAAAUGGCAAUGCUGUUGGAGGAUUUAUAUUAGAGAUUUUAUCAUCAGAUAAAUGUUCCUCCAAUGGCAAAAUUAUUAAGCAAAACAGACAAAUUAAGAGAGCCAUUUAGCAAAAAGAUCUAAAAUAUUUUGGUUGGAAUUCUUUUUUAUAGUUAGUGGUGUUAGCCUCAGGCGUUGUGGCUUUUAGCGUCAAUCUGUCAAUCUACUGGAUCAUUGGUAACACCUCACCUGUAACGUAUCCUUUACUCCACCUAGGACAGUCUUAAUGUAGCUUUAAUAAUAACAUAGUAUAUAGUCCUGAUUUAAUUUAUUAUAAAACCCUUCUCAAUAAUUUGAACCAAAGCUGACUUCCUUUUCAAAAUUAGUGACCCCAAUGUUUUGAAACCUCCCAAAACCUUUUUUGGACAAAUUUCCUUUUCCCCAGAGUUACGGAGUGUGAGAAACACAAACUGAGCAUAAGAAAUUUGCUUCAAUCUAAUCUCGUUAUUUUAGAGAAAAGAGCCAAGGCCCUGAUGAAGGGUUAGUGUGAUUUUUCGAGAUGUGUCCACAAAAAUUAUGACCAAUGUUAAGUAAAUCCAGAGUAAGGAGAAUAUUUCUAUGUAAGGAAAGAUUGAAAUAACUAUGGAAGACUAUUUUAAUUUGCCAAGAUCUAUUAUGAUCUCAAGCAACACUACACCAUAGAUGGCUGCCCUGCCCCUACUAUGAUUACAGUGUGACAAAGUUAUUAUUACUGUUUAUGCAUUUGUCCUUAACUAGUGACCAAUAAAAUAUAUAAAGGUAUAACAUGGUUGGACAUUUAAAGUUCUGCAUCAUUCUCUUGGGAGGCUACUUUAUAUUUCACGACCCACUGGCCAUCAAUCAAAUGUUGGGUGUGGCCACCACGCUGUCUGGGAUUAUUGCUUAUACACAUUUUAAACUUGCUGAGCAGAAUGUUCUCAAACUACCCACUGUCAACAAGAUUUGAUGACAAGAUUAAGAGAAAAAUGAGGUGCUAAGGAACAUUAUAAAAUAAUAAAAUUAUUCUAUCUAAAUUUAGUCUGUUCACAGACCUUCUAUUUUCUUUUAAGAAACAUGUGGAGUGCCCAAAUGGAGAUAAAAACCAUGGAGAACUUACUGACCACUAAGUCAAGGAGGUCAGGCUCAGCAAGUGCUCUUAGGCGUGAGCAAAGCAAGUGCACUCAACAAAUUUGUCCAAAAAAAGGAAAAAAAAUAAAUCCAUGUACAAGCAGGCAUAUCUUAAGAAGGCUAAUGUAUAUUAUCAUGUUGCAUAAUAAUGUGAAAAACACUGCUUGUACAUUCUUCUUACAUUAAAGAGGCCUAUUAAAUGGAUGAUAAGUUAGUUAGCUUUGGAAAUAAUAAUAUUAUCAGUAUUUCAAUGAUUACUGGAAAUUAAGUUAUGUUUCACACAUGACCAUGAUGACUUCAAGAUAUUGUGAAUUCAUUAUGAAAAUACAUGUAUCCACACAAGGCUUACCAGAUAACUUACACAAGCAAGAACUGAAGUAACAUGUAAACUUAAAUUAUUGAAGUCAUCUAUUGGAGAUUUGGUAACAUUAUAACAAUUUAUUUCUCAGGGAGAGGUUUAUUGAAUGAAUUUUAAAACCUUUUUUUCAUGAAUUGAUUACUAAAUGAAAGAUUUAACUUAUAAUCUUUGGAAGAGAAAAAUUAUGCAUUGUAAGUUACGGCACUUAAUUUAUUAUGUCACUUUUUGUUACUUCUGCUUUUUUCAUGCCAGAGAUAUAAAAGCAUGAUAUAAAUAAUUAAUAUGAAUACAGGUCAAUAAUAUUAAACUUAAUUUAUUUACUGUAUAUCUAGUAAAUAAUAAUUGGUAAUUAAUUUCAACUACUACAACAUAGAUACUGACUGAACAUUAAUUUUUUGUCCAGUAUCUUUAGAAAGUGGCUUUUACUCGGUGUACGAAUAAUUAUAUGUAUUACACUGCUGCCCCAUUGCAACCUAACAGUAGGUUAUUAACACUAUAACAUUAAUAUGAGCAAUUAGACCUUU